AUGUCUCCUCAGGCUCUGGGAACUUUCCAUGGAGGGACGAUGGGGUUGUGGAUGCUUCUUCUUCUACUCUUUCUUCUCCUGCAUUUUCACCUUGGUAAUGCUCCCAGGAUUGAAGGUGGAGGAAAAUGUGGGGGUUCAAAUGGGCUCUGUGUUGCCCUCCCUGCACCUUCCAACGUCUCCAUCUAUUCCUUCAACAUGGAGCACACACUCAGCUUCCUGCCAGGCCCUGAAACGCCGCCCGGCACCCACUUCACUGUCCAGAUCCUGCGUUUCAGGAAGAGCACAUGGAGACCAGUGACUGGCUGUUCAGAGCUGGUUGUUGGACAGACGUGUAACCUAACCCGAGUGUUCAAGGACCAGUUUGGGACCUACCAAGCCCGCGUCCAGGCCUUCACACCCAACCAGAACCAGACGUCUGAGUGGACCCUAUCAAAGAGGUUCCAGCCCCAGACAGACACUGUGAUGGGUCCUCCCGAUGUUUCUGUAUCCGGUUGUGGGAACUGUUUGCUUCUCUACGUCACUGUUCCCAAAACAUUAGGACUAGAGCAGUACGAGCAGCUUCAAAGCCUCUACAGAGAACUCCACAUCCACGUACACAGGACCCGGGAUGGUGUACAGUUCAAAAUGAAACUGCAAUACAAGGAGGAGAACAUGAUCUCGUACCUGCAGCCAGGUGUGGAGUACUGUGUGACGGUCACUGUGACAGUACUCUUUAACUCCAAGUCUGUUCCCAGUAAACCUUUCUGUGCCUUCACCAGCCCUCCGCCCAGAAGCUCACUGAAGGUGGUCUACUGCCUGCUGGGUGCAUUCAGUGUCCUCGGGUUCCUUCUUAUCGGAGUCGUGGUUUACGGCGGUCAGCUGAGCAACGAGUUACUGAGACGACGCUUACCCAGAAUAGUACAUCGCCCUUCAAAGCCAGGACCGUGGGAGUGCAGCGCUGGAGCUCUCGGAGCAGACUUCACCCCCCCCAGAUACACAGCAGGGCCUCCUCUGACUGCCUCCUCUGAGUCGGCUGACUGGUUCUGAGAAAAGGAAGAAGUUAAAGGAAAAAAGGAUAAAGUUGAUCUGGUAUUGAUUCUAAAAAUGUUUAUAACCCUGAAAAACUGGAUCUGAGUAAUGAGUAGGAACACAAUGUGACAAUAAACUUUACAAAAUACUGUAACUGAUGUAUGAAACUUGACCUGAACAACCAAGUUAAAUAUGAAUAAUCAUAAUCACUCACUUUAGUUCAUGCAUUAGUUUACUAUCAUAUGUAUCAUAACUUCUUUAAAUGCUGCUAUUCAUUCUGCUUUGUCUCUUUGUUACUGCUCUGCCAGUUCUGUGUGUUUUACACACCAAACGUUUGCGGCUAUCUCACCUUCAUCAGGUUGGUGACACCUACACUGAGGUGGUGUACCACCCUGAUGAAGGUGAGAUAGUGAAAACAUAGUGAAGGAAAUACAGUGUCCUGGAGAGUUGUUGUGUAAACUUUAAACUCUGACACAUUGGUUUGCGCCUGACUAUGAAUUUUAAAACAUCAAAAAGCUUCAAAAAUCAUUCAUGUAAGUUUAAUGAUUAUUUUUACAAUAAAGAAAAUUCU